AGCUGCGUUCAGAAGCUCUCAGGCACAAACGACCCACAUGAAAACCAAACUGUGCUUCACCUUCAGGAGACAGCAGUCAGUAUGACGCCAGCACAGGUGAAGACACAGGUGUCGCUACCUGGGACAAACUGAAGAGGCCGAACAGCUGAAAGGGGGAGGAUAAGGAGUCGGAGUGCCCCCAGGUUUCCGGAAGUCUCCACAGAGAUGAAGUUCCAGCGGCUCCAGACGCACUCAACCAACAGAUCUGCCCCAGAGGCUGCUUCAACAGGAUGCUGCACUACGUCGGUUAAGAGGGACGAAGAAUCGAAAUAAAGAAUAAGGAACGGUCCGGAAAUGGGGGAGCCGCAGGAGUACCUGGCGGACGGGACGCCCCUGAUCACGGCUGCGCAGCUGGGGAAGCUGCGGCUGGUGCGCCUGCUGGUGGAGGGCGGGGCCCAGGUGAACGAGCGCAACCAGCGGGGGGAGACGCCCCUGCUGGCGGCCUGUCGAGCGCUUCGCGGGGACCGCGGCGGCGGCGGGGGCGGGGCCGCCAACAACGCUAACUCCGCCCCCAGCACUCUCCGGCUCCUCCGCUUCCUGCUGGGGAACGGGGCGGACCCCAACGCCCAGGACAGGGCGGGCCGGACCGCGCUGAUGUACGCCUGCAUGGAGAAGGCGGGGCCCGCGGUGGCCGCCGCCCUGGUCGGGGCCGGGGCGGACCCCAGCAUGGAGGACUACGCGGGGGCGUCGGCGCUGGUGUACGCCGUGAACGCCCGCGAGCCGGAGACGCUGCGCGUGCUGCUGGACGCCUGCCGCGAGCGCGGCCGCGACAUCAUCAUCAUCGCCACCGACCUGAGCGGCGGCGGCGGCCCCGGCGCCAGCGGCUCGCCCGUCACCCGCCGCUACCUGAACGUGCCGCCCUCGCCCGACCACUCGCCCGUCUCCUGCAUGUCCCCCUCCGAGAUCGAGCUCCGCAGCGGGGGCUCCCCGGGGUCCGAGAGCGAGGCGGGGGAGAACUUCUUCAACUUCCGGGGCACGGGGAAGAGGGGGAGCGGGGGAGGCGGGGCCGAGGGCGGGGCCGGGGGCGGGGCCGGGGGCGGGGCCGGGGGCCGACGCCCGCACGGGCAGCGCCUGCACUCGGAGCCCUGGCUGGCCAUCCACAACCUGGCGCACCUGCGCAGCUCCUACGAGGAGGGCCUGAGGCAGGCCGCCGUGCGUGAGGAUGAGGAGGAGGGUGAGGAGGAAGACGAGGAGGAAGAGCAGCUCCGGCCGCCCAAACCCCGGGACCCGAGGGUGCGGCGAAGAAGCUCCCUCCACCCCUGCAGCGGCCUGGACCCCUGCUACUCUGACCCCCCGGGGACCAGGACUUCCCUAAAGCCGCUCCCCCCCGGGGGGGCCCUACCGCAUUUGGGCCGCAGGAACACCCUGUCGUGCCUCCAGGACACGCCCCUUCUCCAGCUGCCCUCGCUGACCCUGAACCACGCCGGGUCCGACUCCUACCUGCAGGCCCCGCCCCCUGGUACACCUGCUAUGGGCCCGGGGCACAGGAGAGAGCAGUACUCCAGCACCUGGUCUCUGGUCUCUACGGACUGUACCCCAGCGACCGACGCCAUCGGCAGGAAGAAGAGCUUCCUGCCCCCUCUCCCCACCUGCCCCGCCGCUCGACCCCCAGCCGCCCCCCCCACCGCCACCGAGAUGUCCCCCAGGCCUCCGCAGACCAUGCCCAGGCUGGAGGGGUGGCGGGGCAGGAGGCUGCAGCGACGGCACUCCAUCCAGCUGGAGCCGGUGGGGCAGGUGGAGCAGGUGGGGCAGGUGGGAAGCUUGGAAGAGAUUCUUAUCCUGUGA